CGAGCUUCCUCUCAAUAAUGAGGGUGGAGGGACGGACAGUUUAUUAUGGUGUGCAGCCGCCCAUUUUUUGCAAGAGGCCUUUCUUUUUGUCGUCGAGAGCUUCAUCGUCCCUGGUAGCAAGUAAUAAACAUGCAUUACGCGACCCUGCCACUUCUCGCCUCGUUGGCAACCAGCGCUGUCGCUGCUGAGACCGUCUUGGGUGUCUACAUCUUCUCCCGACAUGGCGAUCGUACCGCCAAGUCGACGCCACCCGCCAACCUCACAGACCUGGGCUACCAAGAAGUCUACACCUCAGGCAAUUACUACCGCGGCCGGUACAUCUCCAGCGAUGCGACCCGCAAGAUCUGGGGCAUGAACACCGACCUCGUUAAGCUGUCGCAAAUCACCGCCUCGGCACCAAUUGACAACGUCCUGCAAAACUCGGCGGGCGGUUUCCUCCAGGGCCUAUAUCCUCCCGUCGGCGAGACCUUGGGCACCGACACCCUCCGCAACGGCACCUCGGUGUCAACGCCCCUCAACGGCUACCAGCUCAUCCCUUUGCAGGUCGUCACCUCGGGCACCAACAGCGAAGACUCGGCGUGGCUGCAAGGUUCGACCGGCUGCGCGAACGCCGCCAUCAGCUCCAACGACUACUUCACCAGCCCAAGCUACCUGACGACGUACAACCAGACCUAUGACUUCUACCAGGGCGUCAAGCCCAUGGUCAACCGGACCUUCACGUCUAGCCAGACGACCUUCAAGAACGCGUACACCAUCUUUGAUCUCCUGAACGUGGCCUCAAUCCACAACUCGUCCAGCAACUUCCAAAGCGCCGACCUGCUCACGACUGAGACCUUCUACCAGCUCCGCACCCUGGCCGACCAGCACGAAUGGAACCUGGCGUACAACGAGUCAGAGCCCAUCCGCGCCGUCACCGGCUCCAUCAUCGCCAGCCAAGUCACCGCCGCCCUCAACAACACCAUCACAGGAGGCUUCAAGAACAAGCUCAACAUCCAGUUCGGCGCCUACGCCGGCAUGCUGUCAUUCUUCGGUCUUGCCAACCUGACUGCCGCCAGCUCCGACUUCAAGGGUGUCCCCGACUACGCCUCCAGCUUGUCCUGGGAAUUGGUCACCAACUCCACCGUCUCCAGCACCUCGCUCCCCACCACCGACGACAUCUCCGUGCGCUUCUACUUCCACAACGGCACCACCAGCAACACCAGCGAGCCGACCGAGUUCCCACUCUUCGGUACCGGUGUCACCCCUCUCCCAUGGACUCAAUUUGUGUCUGGCAUGGAGGUAUUCGCCAUCAACUCCCAGGAAGCCUGGUGCAAGGCCUGCGGCAACUCCACCGGCUCGUGCAGCUCCGAGGCCCUCGGCUUGAGCAGCGACGACUCUUCCAGCAAUUCGAGUUCCUCCUCGGGCUCCACCAGCUCCAGCGGCAGCCACGGUAUUUCCAAGGCUGUUGCCGGCGUCAUUGGCGCCAUCGUCACUCUCGCUGUCAUUCUCGGUCUCGAGCUUCUCGUCAUGUUGAUUGCCGGACUCAGACUCGUCAGCAAGAAGCGUCUUGGUGGAACUGGUGCUGCUAAUGGUAACGGUGCCACUACCGGCACGAAGGCUUAAAUAAAGUGAAGUGGAUAGAGCUUCCGCCAUUUUCGUCUGACUGAAUCUCAGUAACCUGCUGGUUCUCGCAUUGGGUCAUGCAUGACAUGGUUGUUUAUCAGCGAGUCAUUGUCGGUUAGAUGCCAAUUAUGAGAUAUAAUCUUUCCUGCAUUCGAAGACAAGGGAGAGAUUCAGGGUCUUUUUUAUUGACUUUUUCGUUCGUAAACCUCUCAGGUUGUCCUACCAUGUGCCUAAGUCAAGCACUGAGCAGAAUUUGAUCUGUGUUAUAUCCAAUAGCCAGUCCGGCACUCCAUCU